AAAGGCAGGACGCCGGGAAGGGGAUGUUUUGAGAAGUGCUUCAGAGAAACUUCAAGGCACCGAAGAUGGAAAACGAGACAGUCAGCGAACUGAACCAAACACAGCUUCAGCCACGAGCAGAGGUGCCCUUCGAAUACCAAGUGGUCACCAUCUUACUUGUGCUUGUUAUUUGUGGUCUGGGCAUUGUGGGCAACAUCAUGGUAGUCCUGGUGGUCAUGAGGACCAAGCACAUGAGGACCCCCACAAACUGCUACUUGGUGAGCCUGGCCGUUGCUGAUCUCAUGGUCCUGGUGGCCGCAGGCCUCCCCAACAUCACAGACAGUAUCUAUGGCUCCUGGGUCUAUGGAUACGCUGGCUGCCUCUGCAUCACAUACCUCCAGUACUUGGGCAUCAAUGCAUCCUCUUGUUCAAUCACGGCCUUUACCAUUGAGAGGUACAUAGCGAUCUGUCACCCCAUCAAAGCCCAGUUUCUCUGCACAUUUUCCAGAGCCAAAAAGAUCAUCAUCUUUGUCUGGGCUUUCACAUCCAUUUAUUGUAUGCUCUGGUUCUUCUUGCUGGAUCUCAAUAUUAGUGCCUACAAAGAUGCUACUGUUGUGUCCUGUGGCUACAAGAUCUCCAGAAAUUACUACUCACCUAUUUACCUAAUGGACUUUGCUGUCUUUUAUGUUGUGCCCAUGAUCCUGGCCACUGUCCUCUAUGGAUUCAUAGCUAGGAUCCUGUUCUUAAAUCCCAUUCCUUCAGAUCCUAAAGAAAACUCUAAGACAUGGAAAAAUGACUCAACUCAUCAGAACAAGAAUUUGAAUUCAAAGACUUCUAACAGGUGUUUCAACAGCACUGUAUCUUCGAGGAAGCAGGUCACCAAGAUGCUUGCAGUGGUUGUCAUUCUGUUUGCCCUUUUAUGGAUGCCCUACCGGACUCUUGUGGUUGUCAACUCAUUUCUCUCGAGCCCUUUCCAAGAAAAUUGGUUCUUACUCUUUUGCAGAAUUUGCAUUUAUCUCAACAGUGCCAUCAACCCAGUGAUUUACAACCUCAUGUCCCAGAAAUUUCGAGCAGCCUUCAGAAAACUCUGCAACUGUAAGCAGCAGCCAACGGAGAAACCUGCUAACUACAGUGUGGCCCUAAAUUACAGCGUCAUUAAGGAGUCAGAUCACUUCAGCACCGAGCAUGAUGAUAUCACUGUCACUGACACUUAUUUGUCUGCCACGAAAGUGUCUUUUGAUGACACCUGCUUGGCUUCUGAAAUAACCUUUAACCAAAGCUGAUUCGUGCGUUCGAAGAAAAUGGACCACAGAGUGAAUCUGUGCAGUUAUCAACCCAAGAGAGGAACAGGCCGAUGCUCGUAUUUAAAGACAGAGCAUCUGGAGUCUUUUUCAAUGUUCUGACAAA